AUUUUUAACUUGGCCCAGUCAGAAAUCGUCCACGGCAAUAAAAUUGACAAGUGAUAUGAUAUCGGCAAGUCUUUGAUUUCGUUCCUAUUUUACCGAGAAAUAAAAUGUACGACAAUUAGUUCUACAACAGUUUGUGUUGAUUUAGAUCAAGAUGGUGAUGGGGCUGCGAUUUCGACUUCAGCGGCACACAGUCCACCCAUCCGAGCCCACAAAGCCAGUCCAGAAUAAUGUGGGUCCACCCAAGCCAUACGGGUCGUGGUGUACUCCUGACGCUUCUCCAGCUCAUGCGCCGAUCACACACACAAAUUCUAACAACGAUACUAAGGCAGAGAUUCGGGAUUUGAACGCUCAGUGCAAAGGGAUUCUAUUGCCACCAAAGAAAGUCCGCCUGUUCCAAUCCAGCCCCGCACAUGAGUACAACAGUAACAACGUUAUUUAUGAAGACGACGAAACUGAACUGAAGGACUUCAAGAGUUCUGAAAUUAUUGGCCAGCCCAAAUGGAGUGUUCCAGAAAAGAAACCGCCACCAGUAGAAUCCCCGCAAAGUCCAGUGCCAUCCUCACCCUCUCGAGCCAAGAAGUGCAAGGGCUUCUUCAGGCUGCCCGACUGCUGCGAUCCAUUCGUCACUAUCGAUCCUCAAGGACGAUUAUACAUCACCUGGCUUCUCCUAGUAACAUUCUGCUACUGCUACAACUCCUGGUGCAUCAUCCUCCGAGCCACAUUCCCCUACCAGACCCCAGCGAACACCGUCCAAUGGAUGAUAGCGGACUAUUUCUGCGACGUGGUCUAUUUGCUGGACGUGGCGUUCAUCAAGCCUCGGCUCAUGUAUCUGCAUGAGGGGUUCUGGGUAGAUGACCCGGGGGAGACGAGGAGGAAUUAUAGGAAGAAGAUUCAAUACAAGUUCGACAUAGUCUCCCUUACUCCACUAGACUUCCUGUACUUCUACUUUGGGACGCACAUGGUCAUUUUGCGCUUUCCUCGACUGCUGAAACUGCAAACCUUCUGGGAGUUUAAUAUAGCUGUCGACAGAGUGCUGUCGUCACCUUAUGUAGUCCGCAUCGGCAAGACCCUGGUGUACAUAUUUUACCUGAUCCACCUGAACGCAUGCGCGUACUACUCCAUGAGUGCCUAUGAGGGUCUUGGCAUCAACAACUGGGUGUAUGACGGCCAGGGCAACGCUUAUAUUCGCUGCUUCUACUUCGCCACUAAAACUGCUACUUCUAUAGGGAAAAACCCAAAACCAGAGAACCCUGGAGAAUACAUGUUCAUGACCGUUGCUUGGCUCAUGGGCGUAUUUGUGUUCGCCCUGCUCAUUGGUCAGAUUCGAGACAUCAUUGCUACAGCUACUAGAGCCCGGACGGAUUACCGUAAGAGAGUGGAUGGGUGCACCCGAUACCUGCGCAAGCUGAACAUGCCUGCGUCUCUUCAACAGCGAGUGACGUGCUGGUUCAACUACACGUGGAACGAACAACGGUGCUUCGAUGAAUCAAACAUAUUGAACACGCUGCCACACAACAUGAAGCAGGAUGUUGCUCUAGAAGUGCACAUGUCCACUUUAAGCAAGGUGGAACUCUUCCGUGACUGCUCGGAUUCCCUCCUGCGUGACCUGGUUCUGAAGUUGCGACCCGUCUCCUUUUUGCCUGGUGACGUGAUCGUGCGUCGUGGAGAUGUCGGCCAUCAGAUGUAUAUUAUCAAGUCUGGACAGUGCUACGUGAUGUCGCCAGAUGAAAACGAAGUGCUGGCUACACUCGGCGAAGGUUGUGUUUUCGGAGAAAUCAGUUUGCUUGGCAUUGAUGGAAUGAGACGACGAACCGCUACAGUCAGGUCACGUGGCUACUCGAAUUUAUUCGCCCUGUCCCGCAACGAUCUAUACGGCGCAUUGCUCCACCACAAGGAAGCGGCGCUUGUGCUUAGAAGAAGAGCUGACCAGAUCAUACGCCAGAACGCUGCAAGGCACGCUCAACAGCGUAUGGCUGAGCGACAGGCAAGGAAGUCAGCCAGCAUUAACGAGGAGACCGGUCUAAGAAGGCGGCGGAACUCAAGCCUAUCUAAAAAGUCGAACGAGAGCGGUGGUGCGGGAGCUGGAUUAAUCGCGGUGGCAGAAGCGAGGAGGCUACGAGCGGCCAGUGCCCUGUCCAGAAGAAAACUCUCCGUUGUCUCGGAAAACAAGACGCUGAAUUACGAAGAAUCAUCUGAAAGUCGCGAGGACGAUACAACGGUAGUGGCUCGUCUGCGUCCCGUGCCGAAAAUUGUCUUCUCAUCGGAUUAAUAUAGUUCCAUGGGCAAGACUUUCAAGGAAGAAACAUUAAGCGAGGAUAUGACUGGCUUUAAGGAUUGAGAAUAUUUCUCAACCAAACAUAAACACUUUACGUGUUUAAAAGUGCGGUGGAGUUAUGUGGAACGAACUUGUCCUAUUAAUUCGACUUCUCCGUAAUUUAAUGAAGCAGUAUUGAAAUGUUUUAGAAUAACUGAUGAGUGUCAAAUUAUUCUACGUCUGUUAUACGGUAUCUAAAUUGUACUAAAAGUAAUGUUGUUUUAAAAGUAAUGUUUGUAAAUGCCCCACGUUGGGCGCCAAAUUCGUUAUUUUUUAAUAAAAACAUAACACCCAAUUUUUUUCUUUCUUGGUGUUACAAUGUAUUAAAAUUUAAAAUUUAAAAUAAAGUGGUAUUUGCUUUAAUAUGUGAGUUAAAAUUUAUACUCUAUGACGUUAAUAUUUAUCUUAGUUUAAGAAUAUCUAUUUAAAAGAGAACAGGUACGUAUGACGUAUGACGUAUAAUGUUAGUUCUAGUCAAGAGUAAAAUAAGCUUGACAUUUUGACGAUAAGUAUUUAUGUAUUUAUUAAGUAAUGUUAAUACUUGACUUUUGCGCAAAAAUUAAAGUUACUAAGUCUGGUUAAGGAAUAAAAUAAAUGUGAUUUCAAUUGGCUAAAUGCAUAUUUUUACUAAAUGUCUACGAUGAUCUAAUAAAGAGUGUCUAGCAGAA